AUGGCCAUAUUGCAAUGCUUGACGAAAGGCCAAUUGGAUAAGGCCUUGGAUGCCGGGCUUACCGAAGAAACGCCCCUAGGCCAAUUAUGCCGAGAGUUAGGACAAAUGUUGAAGCCGAGGAUAUCGAAAGGGCCGGCACUGGACCAGAUGUACACACGCUGUAUGCUACCGGCCGAAACUCCUAACGAGUAUGCAGCGGAACUGCGGCGCCUCUGCAGAGCAGCCUACCCCUCGGUCUCCGAGACGGACUGCAGUGACGCAGCUCUUCAUUUCUUUGUGAAGAACAUAAAACAUAUGGAGCUACGUCGUUCCCUGCUCCUACAACUACCCCAGAAUUUACAGGAGGCGGUGAGCCGAGUAGAACACUACUCGGAAAUGACAGUUAUCAAAACCGACUACUAA